AUGUCUGAUAGUCAUGAAACCGACAAGAAUAUUGAGAUGUGGAAGAUCAAGAAGCUGAUCAAGGGACUCGAGUCUGCUAGAGGCAAUGGCACAAGCAUGAUCUCUCUGAUUAUGCCUCCACGUGAUCAAGUCUCGCGUGUGACAAAGAUGUUGGGUGAUGAAUAUGGUACUGCUUCAAACAUAAAGAGUAGAGUCAAUCGUCAAUCUGUUUUGGGAGCCAUCACCUCAGCGCAGCAGAGGCUGAAGCUGUAUAACAGGGUUCCCCCAAAUGGACUAGUUCUUUACACUGGAACAAUUGUUACUGACGAUGGCAAGGAAAAGAAGGUUACAAUCGAUUUUGAGCCAUUCAAGCCCAUCAAUGCGUCCUUGUACCUUUGUGACAAUAAAUUCCACACUGAAGCAUUGAGUGAGCUCUUGGAAUCCGAUGACAAGUUUGGCUUCAUCAUUAUGGAUGGUAAUGGAACUCUUUUUGGCACACUUAGUGGCAAUACUCGUGAAGUGCUUCACAAGUUCAGUGUGGAUCUCCCCAAGAAGCAUGGAAGAGGAGGGCAAUCUGCUCUGCGUUUUGCUCGCCUUCGGAUGGAGAAGCGCCACAAUUAUGUUCGGAAAACAGCUGAACUUGCUACUCAGUUCUUCAUCAACCCAGCUACCAGCCAGCCUAAUGUUGCAGGACUAAUAUUGGCUGGUUCUGCUGAUUUUAAAACAGAACUGAGCCAAUCUGACAUGUUUGAUCAGCGCCUUCAGUGCAAGAUACUUAAUGUGGUUGAUGUUUCAUAUGGUGGUGAGAGCGGUUUCAACCAGGCCAUUGAGUUAUCAGCUGAAAUUCUAGCAAAUGUGAAGUUCAUACAAGAGAAGAAGUUGAUCGGGAAGUACUUUGAAGAGAUUAGUCAAGAUACUGGGAAGUAUGUCUUUGGAGUUGAUGACACCCUGAAGGCUCUUGAAAUGGGUGCUGUUGAAACUUUGAUGGUGUGGGAAAACCUUGAUGUCAAUCGGUUUGUGCUUAAGCACAGUGCAACUGGAGAAAUUAUCAUUAAGCAUCUGAACAAAGAAGGUGAAGCCGACCAGAGCAACUUCCGUGAUCCAUCUACCAAUGCUGAGUUAGAAGUCCAGGAGAAGACCUCACUUCUGGAAUGGUUUGCUAAUGAAUACAAAAAGUUUGGGUGCACCCUUGAGUUUGUUACCAAUAAAUCUCAAGAGGGCUCGCAGUUCUGUAGAGGGUUUGGUGGCAUUGGCGGCAUCCUCCGCUAUCAGCUGGACAUUCGCUCCUUUGAUGAUCUUGAUGACGACGAGGGUCUCUCCUGUUCUAUUUUCAGAUCCAUUGGAUGA